UAUCAUCAAAGCUUAAGCACAGGAGGGCCAAGUCAAAUCCAAAUAUUCCUGGUUUGCUAUUUGCUGUAACACCCAGAAAAUCGAAGCUGGUAAACAUCUUUGCCUGAUUCAGCGUCAGAGAAAAUAGCAUCACACAUUCACACCAUUCUAACUAGCAAGAUAUAGUAACAGGACGCCUGGCAUGCUGUGCGCUUCUUCUCCAUAUUUUUUGGAGCCCUCACUUUUAUUCCUAAACCAUCCCAAUCUUGUUUGCUUCUCUUUCAUGGCACCACGAAUUAGAAAAUUAAGCACGCAUGAUGGAGUCUGAAACAAAUGACUCUGCAGACAACGAAGGCGCCGACUAUGGUGAGCCCUCGAAAUCGAACAUCCAAUCUGAGGAUCAGCACCUGCGAUCUCUUCUUACCGAUCUCAAUAAAGACCAGCUCGUUGAUAUCGUCGUCGAGCUAGGUAUGAAAAUUCCUCAGGCUGCUGAAGAAAUUAGAGGUGCAGCGAGGCAUACCGCUAGACAUCGCAAACUUAUUGUUCAUGGCUUAGGUGAGAAAACUACGUCAGAAACUUUGGGUAAUGCCUUUUCUUCAUAUGGUGAAGUUGAGGAUGCAUAUGUUGUAGUUGACAUAGCAACUGGAAAGUCUCGUUCUGUUGGCAUCAUUACAUUCAAAAGCUUAGAAUCUGUUAAAAAAGCACUGGAAAAACCAAAAACAUGGGUCGACGGCCGUCUGGCUUACCAACUGCCAGCUCCUGAAGCUCAAAUUGCCGAUGCCGAUGUAGACCCGAGAAAUCUGUUCGUUACACGUAUUUCUUCAGAUGUAACAAAUAAUAAGUUUCUCCGUUUCUUUAAAAAGUAUGGGGAAAUAGAAAAAGGUUCUCUUUUCUUUGAUAGAAGUACGAGAACAUCAAGUGGAACUGGGUAUGUGACAUUCAAGACAGUUGAGGCUGCUAAGGCGGCCAUCGCUGACCCAAAUAAAAUCCUUGCGGGAAACAAAAUCUCUGUAGAUAUCAAUUGGUUGAAGAAAAAGGAAAAAGAAGUUCAGGAGGAGGAGUCUGUAACUAAUGCUCCACACGUUCACAACAGUCCUUCCGCCAUUGCCCCGCAGCACGACGGAUUGCAGUCUCAAGUCCCACGUCCACAUUUUAGUGCUUACGAGCCUCAUGCAAUUCCUCUACCAAAUCAACCUCCAACUGUAGCAAAUCAACCACAGGAGCCUCAUGGAAUCCCUUUAACACAUCAACCUCCAACUAUAGCAUAUCAACCACAUUUUAGGGGAUACGAGUCUUAUGGAAUUCCUCUACCAUAUCAGCCUCCAACUGUAGCAUAUCAGCCACAUUUUAGUGGAUACGAGGCUUAUGGAAUUCCUCUAGCACAUCAACCUCCAACUGUAGCUUAUCAACCCCAUUUUAGUGGAUACGAGGCUUAUGGAAUUCCUCUAGCACAUCAACCUCCAACUGUAGCAUAUCAACCACAUUUUAGUGGAUACGAGGCUUAUGGAAUUCCUGUAGCUUAUCAACCUCCAACUAUAGCCUAUCAACCACAUUUUAGUGGAUACGAGACUUAUGGAAUUCCUCUAGCUUAUCAACCUCCAACUAUAGCAUAUCCAGCUCCAACUAGAGCAUAUCGAGCGUAUCCACCUGCAACUAGAGCUUAUCAACCUCGAACUGGAGCAUAUCGAGCAUAUCCACCUUCAACUGGAGCAUAUCAACGUCCAACUUGA